AUGUCUCAACCCCUCGGGACAAUGAGGAGGAAGCCGCGGAAGUUCUUACCCGAGCCCAUUGAGACAUCCUCACGCAGUUCAAAGCAACAUCAAAAUAAUGAUCAUGCAGAACAACAUGUGCGCUCAAACCACGGGGACAGACAGAUAUCCGAAUUUGAUACCACUUCGUCCACAAAGGGACCCUUUGCCUGUAGCCAGCCCGGGCAGCCCCCUCAACUGUGGCAGACGGGCCAGACUGCGAUCCCCGCCAGAAGGAGCAGCAGUGAACAUGUACAUGUGUCAACAUUACCGGAAAUAGUACACACCACACCAUCAACCGCAAACUCGCGCGGUAAAGCGCAGCGAACGAGGAGGUUCACACCCCAGCUAAUGGAGACUGCUAGACACUCAUUUAGCCCAAGGAAAAGGCUAUUUAAUCAUGACAGCUUCUCCAGGCUCGAGGCCGAAACACCAAGCUUGCACAAUACUGCCAAGACCCCCAAUCCAAUACAAGUGAAUGCCGAUAUACUACAGGAAUCUCUAUUUUCAUACUCCAGUCUUCUGCGACGCCAGGAAACAAGGAGACAUUCUUUUCGUGUACCCGACCUACCGGCCAUACCCUCCAGUGGCAGUGAAGGAUCCAGUGAAUCAAAUCCGCCACGGCUACACUGUUCCCCGCCUCAGCCUCCAGCCCGUCGACCAAAUAUAGGUCACGAACCUUCCCCCCUAGAUCAUAUUAUCAACUCUCCAACCAAUGCUUCAGAAAGUCAACUAAAGGAGCAAGCACUAGCGGCAUUCCCGAAUGAGCAGGUCUACCAGCCUGUCGAUCAUUUUGCCAUCGACAAGGAUGAAGAGUCGUCAUAUGAGGAUGACUUCGAUAUGCAUGAAAAAGGGCUCAUGUUUAGGAUAAACAGGCGCGCCUCAUCUGCAGAUCUUCCCUCAGAACUCGAGUUUUUGCGCAGACACAAGGAAGAAGCCGGUAUGGAUAGGCGCCAUUACCUUACCACUAGAGGAGAACACAAUUCGCAUGCGAAAACCUUGGAGGUAGUAAAUCGUGACGAUGGUUGGGAUAUAAACCGUCCCUUGACACAAUUGAGACAGACGUUCCGCCCGCCAAUGCUCGGAAGCGACAUUGAAUUCCCACAAAGCUUGACACCGGAAAGCACAAUAUGUGAAGGAAUCCAUAUAACCGGGAGCAACCAGGACCAGACCACAUUCUCAUCGUCCACUGGGCUUUGGUGCUCCAGCGCGCGCUUUUCCGUUGGACUCGAUCGCGGUGGCCUUUGGAAUGGGACCUGCAAACCAAACAAUCAUGACUCACGGCUCUCUAAAUCUUCACUACCGAGGUUGAUUACCCGGAGACACGGGUUUGACGAGGAUACACAAAAAAGGGUCUUAGAACAAUCAUACCGGGCCAGACCUCCGCACCAAUGCCACCAACAUUCCCAUUUCACCAUUCGACUCCCGAGGGACGAUGCCAAACAUGAUGAAAAAUACAACCAGGAAUUCGAUGACAGAUUUGUCACGCAAAUAUAUGAUUAUCUGUCACUAGGCUACCCUAGUGUUGCCCGCUACUAUGACCAUGAACUAAGUAAGGUUUCUGGGUUACCAGUGGCGACACUCAGGGCAGACGAUCCAAACUCGGACGCUAAGGGCCAUGUCGGCGUGCACGACGUUACCUACAGGAGUGAAACGAAUGGGGUAUGUAUGAGGUGGACCGCGCUGCGGUUGUAUAUUCAUGAAUGGGUGCGCCGACACCCUCAAAUUUCCGAGGAAGGUCAUUACCACCAGACAUGGGGUGUACGCGAACGCAAGGGGAGCUGGGCAGUUUGA